UAUUACAAACGUCUAUUGUGCUCACGAGCACUCUCUGAUAUUAAUCGAUUACACGCUGGAAAGUGGCAAGAUUCAAUUUCCAGCUGUUGGCGUAAAUAAAAGCCUCUUCGCGCUCUGGCGUUUAAUCAAUCUCGAAUUACAAUACAGCAAAGUCCGUACCAAGGAGGCUGCCGAUGCGCGAUCGAUGAAAGGAAAUUUUUCUCGUCGUCGUCGUCACUGUCCCGGAUUCGGUAGAAUUAUGUCUGUCCCCGCCGAAUAUACGCCGCAUAUCAGCUCAGCAUGUCGCGUGUACACACGCUGAAUUUGUAUAGUGUCAGCUCAAUCAUACGUGGCUACAUCCAUAUAUCGAUCAUUUCCAUAAGGGGUCAGUAGUGGAGUAACGUUCUACCUGUCAGUCGGACGAAGAGUAGUUCCUACUACUUCGAGACGUGAUACAUUCAGUAGUUCGUACCUCUUAGGUGGAGCACGUUCCUACACGGCUAUGUUCCCGUCGACAUUUCUCCUCGAGUAAGGCAAAAGGCAAGUGGAUAGAAUAACAGAACGAUAUUUAGACUAAACGGCUUUAUAUUUGAAGAAUCUUAUUAGUCAAAUGACGACUGGUACAAACUAAUUUGCUAUUUAAAUAGUUUCAUUUCCAACGUAGCUUUCGCUAAUUGUAUGACCCAAUAAUAUUCGGAGAUAAAUUCUUCUUUUUAAACUUUUUUUAAAUCUAACGAAGCAUUAUAAUUUAUAUUUUUUAUAACAAGUGUUACAUUAAUUUGUCAAUUUCGUAUAUAUUUUGAUCUGUUAUUUUAUCGCGUAUUUUUUUUUUAAGCAACACUAUUAUUAAUAAAUCUUUCACGAAGAAUCUAACUUUAUUGCGUUUUAAUAAUGAUACUCAAAUUUUGCGUUCCAAACAUUUACACAUUUUUCAUUUAGAAUUUCUUAAUAAGUUUUUUCUUUUUUGCAUUUUCCGAGUAUACAACGUGUUCCGAGACACACUCCUUAAUUAAUAACCGUCCAAUUCAUUAUUAUGGGAAAUUUAAAUCAAAUUAAUUUUCAUUAUGAAGCACCAACAAGUAACCGUAGACAUGACGAGCAUGAUAUUUACCGCUUGCUCCUAUUUGGCACUCGCCGGAGCGGUCUGGAUAUUUUUGCGGCUCAUCCAAGCUUGCUUUUGGCUGCCGAAGCAUUUGAAAAGACAAAACGACGUUCAAAGAAUGUUACAGGAGAAGGUGGAAAGUUACGAGAAAUACGUGCUAGAAUGCGAAGAGAAGGAGAGGGCGGAAAUGUUGGAUCAGAUCGACGAUGAGAAAAAGAAUCUCGAGAUGUCGGAGAAGUGGAAGGAACGAAGGGAAUGUCUCGACAUGCUCAAGCGGGAGCUGGAAAGAGUUCGCGAGGGUAAGGACAUGUCCGAUUGGGACGCCUUGCUGGAGGAGGAACUGAAGAAGCACGAGGAGGAGUUCAAGACUAUGGCGGAGGAAGAGGAGAACAUGAAGAACGACGUCAAUAAAGAAGAGAAAAGCGACAGUGAGAAGGUGGUGAAGAAAAGCGAGCUCAAUACCGAAGAGCUCGAACCGAAGAAGAAGAAGUAAAUGAUUAUUUGUAUAAUAAUUAAAAGUGCCUUACGAGACUUUACGAUAAUUGUAAGGAAGCAAUUGCGUAGAAACGAAUUUCUCCCCCCGAGCAUAUAAAUUUUCGAAAUAUUCUGUUAAUAACUUAAUAACCGCGGCGCGAUAAUUAAAUAAUCAAAAGAUUUAUUAAUUUUUGAUAAUUAUAAAUGAUAAGUAAUUUAUAUAAAAAUAUUGUACGAAAAGGUAUGCAAUCAAUACAAAAAGUAUCUCUUGUGUAAUAAUAUUAGGUGUAAGUACAUACAUGUAAAUGUAUCGUUCCUAAAGCGGAAAUUACGCUAUUAUAUAUAAAUAUAAUAUUAAUUAAGAACAGUGAGACAACAUUAAAUAAUUCGCUUCGAAAGUAAAAGUAAAGUUCCGACGUAUGUACACACAAAUCAUCCGUUUCGCCAUUGUCGCCUUUAUACCGCGAUCGAUAUGCAGAACAAAUCGUAUACGUCUACCUCGGCGGACUCGUGCCUGCUUUUAAUAUUGUACAUUGCACGUUUAUCGAUAUUCUCUCUAUAUUGUGCGCAUUAAUAACAUAGAGCACAUCAAUUUACUUAAUCGUCAUGACGCUCCUUUAAAGCUCAAUCGUAAAUAAUGCAACCGGCAUCAUAUUUAAUCACACACAUAUUUCAUAGCAAUGAACGAGCUGGAUUAAGGGUAUUAACGGCGUUACAUUUACCUCUGCGUUCAAACGUGUGGAUAUUUUACAUUAGAUGUUAGAACGUUUUAGAUAGAUCUAGAUGACACGUUUUCGAACCAUUAACUAUAUAUACAGAGGAAUUAUAUAUGCAAUACGCGACGGUUUGCGUUCAAUUUGACUGUGUUUUUAUAUUAUAAUGUUAUAUAUCUGAAACAUACAUACGCAUGUACAUCACAUACACGCAACGACCUUUAUUGUAGAAUCAAUAAAAUAUGAUAGGUAAUUAGGAUUUUUA